UCGCAUUUCUUCUUCGCACAUCAUUGUAAUAAGUUGGUUUUUAAUUGUGUAAAAAAACUGCAAAUAGUUUUUCAUAUUUUUUAACGUAACUUAAUAUUUUUUAAAAUAAUUAUAACAUAAAUAUUAUAAAAAUAUAACACGUAAACGCAAUCAAUUAAAAGAAAUAAAUAUAUUUAAAUAGAAAGAUAAUUAAUACGAACGUCAGUCACAAAGCCAGCGAAAGUGUGUAACACCACAAAAGUGAGAAUAAAAACGGAUUUAGGGAAAAAAUAAAAAAGCAAGUAAAGAGUUGGCGGAAGAAUAUAAGCCAAAAAAGAAUUUAUUACUGUGUAUGUGUGUUAAAAUUAUAUAAAAAUUGUUAAUUUUAAAUAAUUGCAAAAAAGUGCAAUUUUAAGAUAAUUUUGUUGUUUAAACAAAUCCAAUAAGAAACAAACAAAUCUUAAACAAUGUCAGUCAACAAAUUCACGAAAGGCUUAUCAGCAGACGAGAAAGCUGAAAUACAAGAGAAAUUCAUAGAGAUUGAUGCCAACAAAGAUGGUUUCAUUGACCUUAGUGAACUUAAAGAAGCUCUUGAUCAGGUCGGCUUUAAAUUGCCCGGCUAUCAGGUGCGUGAAAUGAUCGAUGAAUUCCAAAACAAACAACGUACCUCUCACCAGGGUAAAUUGAAUUUGGAAGAAUUUGAAAAUCUGUGCCUGGACCUCAAGUCAAAAGAUGUGGCCAGUACCUUUAAAACAGUGGUGUCUAAAAAAGAAAAUCUCGAAACGUUGGGCGGUAUGUCGAGCAUUUCUUCGGAGGGUACCACACAUUCCGUGCGUCUCGAAGAACAAUUGGCCUUUUCCGAUUGGAUUAAUUCCAAUUUGGGUCAUGAUCAAGAUUUGAAACAUUUGCUGCCCAUCGAUAAUGAGGGCAAACGUCUGUAUCAAUCCAUUAAGGAUGGUAUUUUAUUGUGUAAAAUCAUUAAUCAUUCCUGCCCCGAUACAAUUGACGAAAGAGCCAUCAAUAAAAAGAAUCUUACGGUUUAUCGUGAAUUUGAAAAUUUGACUUUGGCUUUAGUUUCAUCACAAGCUAUUGGCUGUAACAUUGUUAAUAUUGAUGCUCACGAUUUGGCCAAGGGCAAGCCACAUUUAGUAUUGGGUUUGUUGUGGCAAAUCAUUCGUAUUGGUCUCUUUAGUCACAUUACCUUGGAUAGCUGUCCUGGUUUGGCUGGUCUCUUAUUUGAUGACGAACGUCUAGAGGAUUUGAUGAAAUUGUCGCCUGAAGCCAUAUUGUUGCGUUGGGUUAAUCAUCAUUUGGAACGUGCUGGCAUUCAGCGUCGCUGCACCAAUUUCCAAUCCGAUAUUGUGGAUUCGGAAAUCUAUUCACAUUUGUUGAAACAAAUUGCUGGCAAUGAUGCGGAUGUUAAUUUGGAUGCUUUACGUGAGACCGAUUUAACAUCUAGAGCCGAAAUUAUGUUGCAACAAGCAGCCAAAUUGAACUGUCGCAGCUUCUUGACACCACAGGACGUAGUCAAUGGAGUCUACAAGUUAAAUUUGGCCUUUGUUGCUAAUCUAUUCAACAAUCAUCCCGGUUUGGAUAAACCAGAACAAGUAGAAGGUCUAGAGGCCAUCGAGGAGACACGUGAGGAGAAGACUUACCGCAACUGGAUGAACUCUAUGGGUGUUAGCCCCCAUGUAAAUUGGUUGUAUUCCGAUUUAGCCGAUGGUUUGGUUAUUUUCCAAUUAUUCGAUAUCAUUAGACCCGGUAUUGUUAACUGGAAUCGUGUACACAAACGUUUUACUCCCUUGCGUAAAUUUAUGGAAAAAUUGGAAAAUUGCAAUUAUGCUGUGGAAUUGGGUAAACAAUUGAAAUUCUCUUUGGUGGGUAUUGCUGGCCAAGAUUUAAAUGAUGGCAAUGCUACUUUAACUUUGGCUUUAAUUUGGCAAUUGAUGCGCGCCUAUACUUUAUCCAUUCUCUCACGUUUGGCCAAUUCUGGCAAUCCCAUAGUCGAAAAAGAAAUUGUACAAUGGGUUAACAAUAAAUUAUCCGAAGCUGGCAAACAGUCAACUUUGAAGAAUUUCAAUGAUCCUGCUAUUGCUGAUGCUAAAAUUGUUAUUGAUUUAGUGGAUGCCCUUAAGGCUGGCAGCAUUAAUUAUGAAUUAGUGAGAACAAGUGGUACUGAAGAGGACAAUUUGGCAAAUGCUAAAUAUGCCAUUUCCAUGGCUCGUAAGAUUGGUGCACGUGUCUAUGCUUUACCCGAGGAUAUUACAGAGGUGAAACCCAAGAUGGUCAUGACUGUAUUCGCCUGUAUGAUGGCCUUGGAUUACAUACCCAAUAUGGAUAGUGUAGAAAAUCAAAAUAAUAUUAACAACAGCAACUAAUAUGCCAAAUAUAAAAACAAUAACAACGACAAAUAAUCUUAAUAACUACCACCAUUACAAAAGAAGAAAAAGAUAAACAGUCAUAAACAAAUGAUUGAAUGGAAAUGAAUUGAUAAGCGUACGCAGCAAAUAAAAUUCCCGGAAAAAAAUAAAACGGCAUGAAGUAAUAACGAGUGUUUAUUCUUUUUUUUUUUUUUUAAUAAUACAAAUCAAUGGUUUAUUUGCUUACAAAUAAAUAUAUAUAAAACAACAACAAAAACAAACAACGCCAAUUAAGUAAUUAUGUAUUUAUAUAAUUUUUAUUUUUUUUAGAAGCUUGUAAUUUAUACAAAUGUUUUAAUAAUGUUAAAUUAAAGCUUUAAGGUGAUAAUUUAACUUAACUUUGUAAUCAUGUUUUUUUUUUUAAUUGACUUGAUUUUUUUUUAAUUUAAUUUAAUUUUUUAAUAUAUUUUAAAGUAACUAUUUUGUUGAAUUUAAAAUUUUUUAUGCUUUUUAUAAAGAAAACACACAAACAAAACGUAAAAAAAAGAAAAGAAAAAAACCUUAUUUUAUAAAUAAAGGUUAAGCUUAUGAAAACAUUAAAUUUAAAACAUGUACUAUACUAUAAUUAUGAAAGAUGUUUGAUAAUUGAUGAUGAUGAAAACAAAAAAAAAAACAAAGUAUAAAGUUAACUGCAUUUACAUAAAGUGAAAAUAUAAAAAUAUAUAUUUUUAAUAAAAAAACAAACAUUUUACUUACAUACAAACAUACAUUUAAUUAAAAUUAAAAAAAAAAUAAUAAAAAAACAACAACAAACAAAUUGGCAUUAAAAAAAUGUUUUAUAAUAGGGUAUGAUUGAACUACAUAUGGGAACAGUUCCUUCUCCACUUUUUGAGAAUGCAAAUUAAAAUGAGUGAGUAAAUGAGAAAAACUACGACAAGCACCAUAGAGUGAGAGUUUAUGAAAGGGAGAAAUUAAGGAAAAAUUAGCACAAAUCAUUAACAAUUCAAAUUUUUUUGUAGUAUUUUUUUACGCACAUUACUAUAGUUAAACAAACACCACUACAACUAUUCUUUUUAAAAAAAUUUACAGUUUUCGUUUUAGAACGAUUAUUUGCUUAAAUGAAACAAAAACCACAAGAUUUUCUAACUUAAAUUUAUAAUUUAAGUUGCAUUUUGUCGAGUAGACAAAAUAUUUUCCACUUAAAACUUAAUACUUCUUCUAAAAGCCAUAGUGCCAUUGAAAUUGUUUUUGUAUUUUUGUAUAUGGAAUAAAAGCGUUAACUCAAAAAUGUAAGCGUUUUAAAGAAAUACGCAAAAAGUGUAAUGUGCAAUAAUAAUUAAAACUAAAAAUACAAGAA